CCCCUUUUCUAAUUCGAUAAUCGAAAUAGUGACGUGCGCGUCAUUGUACUAUCGAUAUCCGUUAAUCAUUAGAAACUUCAUUGCUCCUUGAGGUGUGUGAUUUUUUCGUUACAUAAUACGUGUAUAAUUUUUUCUAUGAGUGUAUAUUAUUUAUAAUUCGUCCAUUAUUAUUCGAUAAAAAAACGUAUUCUUUCUCGAAUGUAAUAAUUUAUUUCUAUAAUUGCAAUUUUUCAAGGGCUGAAUUAUUCGUUAUUCUUUAUCCAUUUAUUUGACGGUUAGAAUUUUGAUUAAUUCAUAUUAUGCAUUUCUAAGAUGGAAUUUGUGCUCGAUUAUUGUUUUAUUUCAAUGUAAUUUUUAUUUUAUUUUAUUUGAUACAUAUAUUUGAAAAUUUUUAUUUUCUUUUAUACGGAUUAUUACCCGAUUACCCGACCUAAAAGGCGGGAAAAAUUCCAAUAUGGAUGCCAUUGUUGUUUUUGAAGAAGUUUGAUAUUCCACUUGCAUACUGCACGCAUCGGCGGGAACAAGCGCGAAUCAACGUCGGCAUGGACGUUGAUCACCGGCGUCUCCUUUGAGCGGCGGGGGCCGCUUUAAUAACCAGUCAACCACGCGAACUAUUUCAUUAGACGGGCGGAGGGAUCCCGUCGGAGGGGGGCGAGGAAGGAUGGCCGAAGGUGGUCGCGUCGCGUGAUACGGAUCCACCGAGUUUAGGGGGAAGGCUCGCCUUUGACGCCGUUAUCCGGCGGGAAAGGAGGCAAAGGAUGUAGCAGCAAGUGUCCGCCGCAAGUUUAAUAAGCGUACCCUCGCUGUGUGACCAAGUACUCGCCACACAUGUACCGGAGUCGCUAUCGAUCUCGAGACAACGAUCGUUAUCCCCUUGGGGAUAAAGGAGGAGAGAGAGGAAUCCGAGGGAUGCGUCGGUCGAGAGACGUUUCGUUCUCGGGACGAGAAUUCGCAAUUACAAUGGAACGAAGAGGGGGGUGAAAAAUGCGAUACACGUAGAGUGUUUAAAACUCGAUAGGGGUGGGGUUAAAUGAGAUAGAAAGAGCGCAGGGAGGAUAAUAUGGGGUUCAGACGCGUCAGUUCGGAGAGAUCGUGCGAUCACGGGUGUGUCCAACUUUUUUUUCUCGUGAUUGGAAAGUGGUGAUGCAAAUGUGGAAUGACGACAGUCCUUUCGUCGUUGUGACAGUGACUUUUAACGGUACAUCCAACGCGUUGCCGGCCGCGAUGUCCGAGGGCGAAUCGAGUCAGUGGCGAGGGGGCGCCUCCUCGAAAUCUCGUGCAAUCUCCUAUUACUCUUUCCUGCCCCUCAUCUCGAGGAGGAAUUUACUUCCAAUCCGAGACGAACGGGACCAUGGUAUGCCGAAUACACGUGCACGACCCGUUCAACGAAAUAGAACCUGGACAAGGGAUUGACAGCCUCGCCUCCGUAAUAAGGAGUAAGAUAAUUUUCAAAUCCUCUCUUCUUCGUAUCCAACAACGCGAAGGCGAAAGAAACGUCUCUCCCUUUUCAAAGAACGAUGCAAUUCUAAUCCGGCGACUGCGUUUAAAAAAUUCGGAUUAACGGAGACUAUGAUACCGGUUUGAUAACUCAUGCCGUUCGGUUCAUCGUUUCUGGCAAGGGUUGGAUCCACGCGAGAGAGUAAUAUAUAUAUACAUAGCAGAGAACACAGAGAAGACAAGAGAGAGUGCGGGACGAGAAGAGGAAGAGGGUGAAGAAGAGAAGAACAACGGACUACUGCAACGUGGAAGUUGAAGAAGCGGAGGAGGGGAGGAGAAAGGACAAGCAGGGAAGUUUCCGUCUGUCCAAAGUGGAUGGGGGUGAAAAUGUUCGGAGUGUUGCUGGCAUGUGUCUGGCUGGUUGCCGGCUCCCCGUUACAUCCCUGGCCGCUAAUACCGCACAAAGCGAUCACUCAGGGAUCGUACAUCAGAUACUAUACAGCCGUCUGGUACGACACCGCGGCUCUAAAGGAACAUCGGAGCAGAAGUCGUCGUGACGCUUCAACUUCCGGCUAUCCGGCAGACGCGACGCUGAAUCUACGUCUUCACGCUCUCGACAGGGUGUUCAAGAUGAGGCUUAUCAGAGAUACGAGCUUAUUCCACGAAAAUGUCGUCUUCGAGGGAUCGAACGGCCGACAAAUCGCUUUCGACCCGAUGCAUGCCUACAGCGGAACCUUGGAGGACGACGAGAACUCGUCGGUGCACGGGAUGGUGACGGAGGAAGGUCUCUUCGACGGAACGAUCUCGACGGCAUCGGGCGAGAUCUACAUCGAGCCAACCAGCAGAUACGCUCCCCCCGUGUGCCAUCGGCAAGACGGCAAGGAUAAUGACACGACAGACGCCAUGCAUCACCAUACGAUCGCGUACCGUUCCGUGGACGUGAACAUUCCCCGCCGCAACGGAUAUCCGUGCGCGAGCGAGCUGUUGCGAGAGAACACGUUAAAUGAAUUAAGGACGAACGGGACGUGGAGUGGAUAUCUCGGGGGCACGGCGCGCCCGCUUUAUCAAUACGAGGGCAAGUCCCGUGCCAAGCCCGGCUUGUAUCCGAAAGACGUUAGGAAGAAGGACCCGAUGGCGAGCUCGCAUAAUUUAGAGGUGCUCGACAGAUUGUACAGGGAGCGAUAUUCGAGAGUGCUCCGCAAACGAACCUCGGUGGAUCCAAAGAAGACCACUUGUAUGUUAUAUCUACAAGCGGAUCACACGUUCUUCAAUCAUUACAAGUCGGAAGAGGCCAGCAUCGAGGUGAUGACUCGCCACGUGCAACGUGUCAACUCUAUAUAUAGGUAUACAGAUUUCAAUCAGGAUGGUCAACCGGACAAUAUUAGCUUCAUGAUAAAAAGGGUGAAAGUUCAUGGCGAAGAUGCCUUAAAUGAUCCAAGCUACAGGUUCACCGGUACUUAUGGGGUAGAAGAAUUCCUCGAGUUAUUCUCCGAGGAGGACUACGACGCGUUUUGUUUGUCGUACAUGUUCACGUAUCGUGACUUCGAGAAGGGAACUUUGGGCCUGGCGUGGACCGGCGAUCUGAAAAACGCGGGCGGAGUUUGCGAGAAAAACGGGCACUACAGAGGUAGCAUGAAAUCGCUGAACACAGGUAUAAUCACCCUCCUCAACUACGGCAAACACGUACCACCGACGGUUUCUCACGUCACCCUUGCUCACGAGAUCGGUCACAACUUCGGAUCCCCUCACGAUCCAGACGAGUGUUCACCAGGCGGGGAGGACGGGAAUUUUAUAAUGUUCGCAAGAGCCACCAGCGGGGAUAAACGAAACAACAAUCGAUUCAGCCCUUGCAGCCUGGUCUCCAUAAAUCCAGUUCUAAAUGCCAAAGCCCGCUCGUCCAAGGGAUGUUUUGCCGAGCCCCAAAACGCCAUCUGCGGGAACGGCGUGGUGGAAGAUGGCGAGGAAUGCGAUUGCGGAUGGGAGGAGGACUGCAACGACCCUUGUUGCCAUCCCCAACGGCUCCAUCACGCCCUUCACGAGCUACCUUGUCGUCUUGCCGAUGGUGCAGUGUGCAGCCCCAGUCAAGGUCCUUGCUGCACAUCCGGUUGCACCCUGCGCAACGGCGAUAAGUGCAGGGACGACAACGGUUGCAGAGACGCGAGCUUUUGCGACGGACGUAGCCCCCAGUGUCCGCCAUCCAUCAACAAGCCCAACAAGACCAUAUGCAACGAGGAAUACGUCUGCUACAUGGGGGAAUGUACCGGGAGCAUUUGCCUGGCUUACGGAUUGGAAUCCUGUCAGUGCAUCGCGGGACCCGACGAUCCCCCGACCAAAAGCUGCGAACUCUGCUGUAAAUUGGCAGGAGAGGAUCAACCAUGCCUAUCAUCGUUCGCAUGGAAUUCAGCGCCUUACGAUAUUCCUGACAUGCUGUCGAAACCAGGCACGCCAUGCAACGAUUACAAUGGCUAUUGCGACGUCUUCCAAAGAUGUCGAGAGGUGGAUCCCAGCGGACCGUUGGCAACUCUGAGAAGGCUACUCUUGUCGGACGCCAGCCUAGCAAGCUUCCAACGAUGGAUGAUCGAUCGCUGGUACAUCGUUGCAGCAAUUAUCCUCCUCUUACUUUUGAUCUUGGCGUUCCUGGCGUAUUUCCUGGCCAAACGACGGGACGACCGUGCAAGGAAAACUGGAGGCGAGGCGAGAAACACGGGAGGCGAGGAGGCGACGACGAGGGGGCGCUCGUCCGUGCGGAAGAUACGAUCUAUGGACAUUUGGUGGGUGAAAAGGAGGAUCGUCGAGGCUAUGAAGAGCAUCGCGUCUCCUCGUCUCUGGAAGAGGGAUGCCCCCUCGGGGGGUGGCACGUUCCUCGCAAGGAUUUCUCGACUGGUGGCCAGAGAUUCGGCGAGCAGCGCGUCGUCCGAGGAGGAGCAAUGCUCGAACGAGGUGGAGAAGUUGUGCAAGAAUGGCGGUGACAAAACGAGAGUGGGGAGGGUGAAAGGUGAAAAGGAGAGCGUGCAGAAGCGAAGGGAGAAAAGGGCAGUGGGGGAGGAGGAAGUGAACGUUUGGAGGCGAGUUUGCUCGCUGCUCGUUGGGAAUCGGGGCGCGCAUUCCUCUCCUGCGAGGAGAAAAUCGAGCAACAACAGUGAAUCGGCGCGCGGCCCCGGUUGGAGGAGGAGCGUUCAAGUGGAGAGGCUGUGCACAGGUUCUAAGGUGAUCGUGAAAUCUUGUAGGAGAAGUGACAGAUGCCAAACCGAACCUCUGGUGAUACCAGACACUCCGGAUACUCCUUGCGAGGUGUCAGAGAUGAGAUGUCAAACGUCGGAUUUGACCGUAUUGCUCUCCGAUAGUUAGUUUCCAAGAGAAAGAUCGCGUUCUGUGAAUACUCGCAAGUUCCUUCGUUAUAUUUUUGCUUGGGAAAAAAUAUCGUUCGAUAGGAUUCGGUGUUUGGGUUCGAACAUGAUGACAAACGAAAUUUUAUUCGUCGCUCGUUUACAGCUUUCGAUCGAUUAUUCGAUGAUUGUUCGUUAAUUGUUUUCGUUGAUCGUUGCUCGAUACUCGUUUUAAAAUUAAGAGGAUAUGGAAGCAAUGGAUUCGUUUAAUUACACGAAUUUUUAUUGCAAAUAAAAUUUAAUAUUUGAAUAUUUCCCAUCUUCGAUGCGACGUCUCUCUCUCUCUCUCGUGAUAAUAUUGUUUCUUUUGAAUCUUUUAUUUGAGAUUCAAAUUCAAUGUAUUAAUUAAAUUUUGAUGGAGCCAUAUAUUAUUCAUUUAUUAUUUGUCCAAACAACGAUGUUAAAUAUUUAAUUGCGUUAAAUAUUAAUUACGUCAAAUAUUAGUUUAUAUUUAAUAUUUCAUUUCGUUAAUUUAUGUAUUGUUAUUUAAUAUUUUAUAUUUUUCCGUUAAUUCAUCUAUUAUAAAUAUAUAUCAUUCGUUCGAUAACAAAUUUCAUAAUCAUAUGAAAAAUAAUUUUUCAAACUCAUGCAAAUAUAUCUCUGUCUUCUUGUAAUAUUCAUUUCAAUUUCGAAUGAUGUUACGUGUUUAACAUUCCCACGCAAAACAUUCAUCGAGUGGACUAUGUAAUUUUGUUUCAAAAAGACAAUACUUUUACGAUUAAUCAAAGAUAUCUAUAAAACUGCGAAAAAUAACAUUUUUGUGAAACUUUUGGUAUGUAAAUAUUGUACAGAAUCUUAUACCGCUGUCAUUGUAGACUACAUUUUAGAAUAAGAUAUGCGGCAAGGUUUGCGAAAUCGAAUGAAUUCUUGUAAUUCAUUUUAAACAGCUCUUCAAAGAUAGAAGCGGACCAAAGAUAGAUGGAAAAUUAUCCAACGCUGAACUUCGUAGACUCGUGUAUAUACAAGUGACCGAUUGUUAUUGUAUAAUAAAUCGUAUGUUAUCAUUCAUUAUUAA